AUGAACAAAAACUAUAACCAAGAUAAUUAUUUGUUAAAUAAGGAUACUUUAAAAUAAUAUGAGAAUCCAUCACUAUUUGAAACAUAAGUUGAAAAAGCUUAGAAGAUGGAUUCAUUUUAAUGUAUUUAUGUUCAUAUUCUUUAGAAUAUAUUGAAUUUAAAAAUGUCUAAGUUAGGAUUCAUUUUCUAAAGAAAUUGUACUUUUUAUUGACAAUUAAGUUUUUUAUAAAUUUGGGAAUGAUUGCUUUAGGACUAUACACAGAAAAUGCUAAAUUGGUUUGUGAAUAUGAAUUUCGACUGUUGGUAACUUGA